AUGCUCGUUCAUGCAACUAGGUUGUUUUCUCUUCUGGCAACCCCAAACUAUCGCAACAGUCCCUCUAGUCAGUCGGAAGAUCGAGAAUGCGGUACUUGUUGCGAUCUUAGUGUUCUACGCAACUGGCCCAUCCUUUUCAAAGCAAAACACACGGAGGCCUUGACUCUUCGGCAUAGCCGCUUUUCACUGUUGCUACGGUAG